AUAUAUAUAUAUAUAAUUUUUCUUUUUUAAAAAAACCCCCCUCUUUUUACACCAACUUUACAAGAUGACCCACAAAAUUAUUUAUAAUCUCAAGGGCAGCCCAGGUUUUUGUUCAACUUUGAAGGCUUUGCUUUAUAUAAAUAAGUCUUAAGCACACCACACCCUCCAUUUGUUAACAUUGUAAUACAAAGAAAACUUCUCUUUUUCUUUCUCCCCUUCCUUUUCCCUCCCAUUUUAUCAUUAUGCUCUUCAACUUCCAUCCUCACUAUUUUGCUCGGGAUCACAUCGAUGAUUUUUCAUCUUACUUGCUCUUCGAGGCAUCUGGCGACUCGGAGGUCGACCUUGGAGGCUCAACUGCCACCCUGAAUUUGGUGGAGUUUAACGAUGCUAAAUCUUGCACGAAGGUAGAGUUUAACGACGCUGAAUCUUGUACGGAUGAUACUCCUGAUUUGUACGAUGAAUUUGUGAGAGAUGAAAAUGAGAGUGAAGCGGAGGAGGAUGACGAGGAGGAGUACAAGGAGACGUUUGAGAAUGAUGGGGUGGUGGAAAGCAAGGCAAUUGGAUUCACAACAAGCUCAAGUGCUUCAAUUGAUUCAACUAAGGACUUCAAAAUGCUUAAUGAUGUGGAAAAAAACAGGUUGUUUUGGGAGACUUGUUUGGCAUCAUAGCAUCUCCCUAAUUAUUAUUAUUAUUAUUUGGUUCUUUUUUAUGAGGCCAUUUUUCUACCCUCCUUCCUUUCUUCCAAUGUUGUUGAGAGGCUUGUUUCUAAAGUAAACAAACCAAAACUUUUGGUUUUUCUAAGUGUGUUCUUUUUUUUUUUCUGGGUUCAUUUGGAUUGAACACUCAGAAAAAGGGUAAAAUUCAACUUCCUUCCUUCCUUCCUCCCUCCCUCCCUCCUUUGAUUGUGCUCGGUUGGUGGCCGUCCUAGUUUGAAUUCAUCAUU